UUCGCCGCAAGCCAGGAGAUGGUGAGCAAGACGAUGAUGUUUCUGUUCUUCACGACGUUCACGAUAUCUCUUAUGAAGUCGAUUGAUAUACGUUCCGAGUCGGCUGUGAAGCUAUUGGCGGAAUUUUUGGACAUUGAUACGGGUGGAAGAGUUAUGGCAGAACACUUCGCACAUGAGGUUUACUCGUACGUAAGGUCACCGUUCAAAGACCUCUUCGUGUAUGACAGCGUUAUCCAGUACGACGUGCCUUCCCAUGUCAGUUCGCCGCCAAGACCGAGACCAAGACGAUGGCAAGAUGUUGACGAGCACCCUCGCCAGAGCUCCAGGUCCAGAUCCAGCUCACCGACUCCCUGCAACCAUCUCGCACCGUCUUCGCCUCGAGAUUCCAGAUGGCACGAAGAUGACAUCUCGCCCGUCCGGUCAAUAUCCUGGUCACCGUCAGGUCGACAUUAUCCCAGUGUGAGCAAAGUGUCGUCUCCUUCUCCAGCUCGAGCGACUAUACCGGAUGACGUGGACGCACCUGCCUCGAUUACCGAUGUCAUUGAACCGCCCAGACCUGCUGACGUGAAGGGGAAAUCAAGAGCUAGUGACGAACCCCUUGGUAAUACUGCGAGUAUUGUUGGACUUCAACCCGAUGUCAAGGGCAAGUCUAGGGUAGAUACCCCUUGUCUCUCUCCAGCACCUUCCAACGUACCUGAAACCGCACCCGCACGGUCCAAGAAGCCCAUCCGUACCGCCCUGGAUUCUUUAUGUGCUCAUCUGGGUGCAGCGUUGGCAUCAUUGUUGUCAAGUCCGACUUUGCUUAGCCGGAUAUCAUCACGCACGGAGGAUAAGAAAAGGGAGCAUAACUCUUCUGAUGCACCUGACUCUAAUCUUCGAGUAACUGGGAUCAGUCAUCUGCGGGAAAGAAGGAAGACCUGCUGUCGCAGGGUCGGGCGUGGUCAGUGGGGAAGCUGUUAGGGGAGAGGAGACGUGCGGUAACUGUCGAUGCAGAUGAUGCGGAGCGGAGGCUGAGGACUUAGGCGUUGGUGAGGGCGCGGCUUGCAACUGAGAAGCGGGCGAGGCGAGAGAUAAAUUGUGUACUAUUCGUACCAGAUAUAGAUGCACCAUAUUGAUGAUUUAUAGUGUGAUAACCUCGACUAAGGGAUAUAAUAGCUACUGUUAGGAAUCUGCCGAAAUCCGGGUAUCCGAGCACAAGGCGAGGAGUUGUGAUCGAAGCGAGGUAGAAAUAAUUAGAGAAAUGUAUGUGUGUCGUUAGGGAAUAGAAUGUAUUACGGUAAGGGUCCAUGAGAAGACUUGAGAGGUCCGGUUUGCGAGAUAAAGGAAAUCAGUAAGCGCGAAGCUAUUACGGGCCGUAAGUGAAGACAAGCGCUAAGCGUAGUCUUCGGAUUGGUAUCGGAAAGCUCUAAGCGUAAGUGUAUCCAAUGAGUUGUUUAGCAAGCGCUAAGCAUAG